UCUAUUUCCACUCCUCACCAAACCAUGACUCUAAAAGUUGGAGACAAGUUGCCUGAUGCCACCUUCACGACCUCUGGCAAUCCCCAAGAACACGGUGCCUGUGCUCUGCCCAAACCCCAGUCAACUGCUGCUGUGUUUGGCAAUAAGCUAGUCGUUGUCUUUGCCGUGCCUGGAGCAUUCACUCCAACAUGCCAUCUUCAGCAUCUUCCUGGGUUCAUCUCCAAGUAUGAGGCCUUCAAGGCCAAGGGUGUUGACACCGUUGCUUGUCUUGCUACUAACGAUGUCUUUGUUCUCGAUGCAUGGGGCAAAGCCGAAAAGGCUGGUGACAAGAUUCUCUUCCUGGCAGAUGGCUCUGGGGCUUUCACCAAAGCUAUUGGCAUGGAGCUAGAUCUUGUUGACAAGGGUUUGGGCGUGCGCUGCCAGCGAUUUGCCAUGGUUGUCCGUGAUGGUGUCGUCAAACACAUUGCUGUUGGCGAGCUGGAUGUUUCGGGUGCCGAGGCCGUUCUUAGCCAUCUCUAGUCUGAAUCCGUCAUUUUUCAUUUCCACUGAUCUUGUGGUUGCUGAUUCACUUGGUUUAAAGCCAUAUUCCGUAAAAUAGAUCACUUUUGUAUUUGUCUUGCGGUGAUUUCCCUCUGCUUUGGAAUAAACAAUAGUUGAAUACUCUUGCUUUUUUCUACUAC